AUGUCAAAUGUAUUAGAAAUUUUUGUUGAUGGAACUGCAAAUGGUUUAAGUCAAUUAGAAGCCUUAAAAAACUUAGCACCAAAUAUUAAUAUACUUAAAUUCAGUGAUAACCCACUUUCAGAAGAUUUAAAUAUCGAAAAUGUUAUUGAGGGACUUGUUCAAGAAGAUACUUUAGUUCCAGGUUUUAAAGGCGACUUUGGUGAAGAUUUCAAAAUUCCAGACCAAAUUACUGAAGUAUAUUUCGAAUUAAUGUCUGGUCUUUUCAGCCACAAUAUUUUUAAAAACCACCCAAAUUUAAAAGUUUUAGAUUGCGGUAGAAAUUUUGGAGAACAAGCAAUUGAUUCAACUACUUUUCCACAAAGUCUUGAAAAGUUAAGUUUCCCAGUCUGGGGUAAAUUUACCCAAGAUUGCCUUCCAUCUGGCCUCAAAGAGCUCUCAAUGGAAUCUGUUCCAGAAGGAAACUUAGUCACCAAAGAAUUUUUCCCAGCUGGUUUAAAAAAAUUCAUUGCUAGCGGUGAAUUUAAUCAAUCAUUAUCUAUUCUCCCAAGAGGUAUUGAAUAUAUUUCACUUGGUUACCAAUUCACUACCCAAAUCUUACCAGGUGAUAUUCCAUCAACAUGUAAAUACAUCGAUUUUACCUCUGAAGGUCGUACUAAUCACAGCAAAACCCCACUCAUCCCAGGAAGUCUUCCAGAAGGUCUCAAGAUUGUCAAAUUUGCUCAAGGUUUCGAUCAAGAUCUUACUGAUAUUUUACCAAGUACAUUAGUCAAAUUAACUAUUGCUAAUGAAUUUACCCACCAAUUAAAAGAUUUACCACAAUCUAUUAGAAUCUUAGAUUUCUGUUUCUUAAAAACUUUAACCCAAACAUUCAAAGCUGAAGAUUUACCAUCAUCAUUAAAAGUUUUCAGAUUAUGCCAUGCUCAAAACAUUACUGUUGAAGGUUUUGAAGUUGAAAGAAAUGAAUUUGGUACUAAGCAAGAAGAUGAAGAAAUUUUAAAUGAAAAACUAUAA